UUAUUUUGAAACGGAUAUUGAAAGUGUUUUUUCUGGGUAGCUUGACCUUACUCUUCCUGUAAGCAGGUUCCUGCAUCAGCGCACAUAAGACGGCAGGAAUGGGUCCGGCGGUUCGGGUGUGUGUGCUCGGCCUGCUGCUGGGUCUGGGUUUUGGCGGACGCUGGGCCCGCAGCCUGCGCACGGCGGACCCGGUGUCGGAGGCCGACAUCCAGCGGCUUCUGCACGGCGUCAUGGAGCAGCUCGGCAUCGCCAGGCCGCGCGUGGAGUAUCCGGCCCACCAGGCCGCCAACAUCGUGGGACCGCAGAGCAUCCAGGGUGGUGCUCAUGAGGGGCUCCAGCACCUUGGUCCUUUUGGAAAUAUCCCAAACAUUGUGGCUGAGCUGACGGGUGACAACGUUCCCAAAGACUUUAGUGAUGACCACGGAUACCCCGACCCACCAAACCCAUGUCCGCUGGGCAAGACGGGAGCAGACGGCUGUUUGGAAAACGCACCGGACACCGCAGAAUUCAGUCGAGAGUUCCAAAAACACCAGCACCUGUUUGACCCAGAACACGACUUCCCCGCUCUUGCAAAGUGGAACAAGGAACGUCUGUACCAAAAACUGAAGGGAGGGCCAAAAAGAAGAAAAAGGAGUGUCAACCCAUAUUUACUGGGCCAGAGGCUGAACAACGUGGUCGCCAAAAAAUCUGUUCCACACUACGCUGAGGAAGAGGAGGGAGAAGCUCCCACCGUCAGUGUCAUCAAAUCACCAACCUAAACUCACACACCCGAGGAGACUCGCCGC